UAUCCUAUUGUGAAACUAGGUUGGAUGUUCAAUCCAUGUUGGUGCUGAUGAUGUGAUCAUAGGGCUCUGGAAUUUUUAGACCAUCUAAUUAAUAUGAAAGAGUCCUGAAUUUCUGAAAAGUGAAAUGGAUGACUCCAAAUGGAAUACAGGCUCUGAUGAUGGUCUUGGCCCUAAAGACUCCUUUGAUGAUGAUGUCAACAAUGGAAUCAACUUUUGGUUGGAGGCUGGAGAGCCUGCAGGUUUUGCUGUAUCAGAAGAACCUGAAAGUGGAAGAGAAAAGGCAGAGAAAAAGAGGAAGCAAAGAGGCAGAAGAGGAGGGAGAAAGGGAGGGGCAUCUCAACCCAACCACCAAAGGGGAAAGCCAUCAAUAGAGCAUUCGAAUGCCGAUCAAUCAGGAAUACCAUAUAGCACAGUCAUGACCAACUAUGUGUAUGGUUGCCAUUGGAUUUAUGACAUGGAUGCAGAGGAGAUAAAGAAGAAGAUCAUGAAACUCCUAAGGGAGUCUACAAGUGGAAAAGUUCACACAAGUAGAUUGGGUCAUCCAGCUAUGAUGCCAGUGGGAGAUGUUUUGGAGCUCCUUAAGGGGCAUGACCUGUUCUCCAUUUCUGAAGAGGGUGUCAUUUCACUCACUCUUGAAGUUUGUGAUGCCCACCUCUCAAUUGAAGGAUGUGAGAAGGAAAACUGUAAAUCACUCCAUGUGUGUACCAAGUAUGUAUGUGGAAGGUGCCCUCGUGUCAAAUGUGAUGAAGGGCAUGACUUCAAGACAGGGCACAAUAGGAGGGUGCUGAGGAAGUUUGGCUUGGAGGAUGAAGAUGAAAUGGGGUUAAGAAAAUUCAUCCAGUUGCCCUCCUUUGUUCCUGAGAUUUGCUUUGGUUACAAUCUAGAAGGGUGCAAGAAGGAGUCAGACUGUCAGAGAUUACACAUAUGUGUCUGUCACAUUAUGGAGAAGUGUGAUGAUGCACAAUGUUCUUUGAACCAUGAUGUGUUGGAUGAUCGUUGUCUUGGAGUCUUAAAGAAGUUCAAGUCAUAUUCAGAGAAGACAAGAAAGGAGUGGAAAACUUAUUUGAGAGAUGAAUGGGAGAAGUCUGGCAAAGCUAACAUGGUCCAUGAGAAAAGGAGGCAGCGUCACGAGGGAAAACAAAAGAAGUCUUCAUCUAAACAGAUGAAAUCAAGGCCUCAGGAGGGGCAUCAUUUGCCAUGCAAAAGAGUCAACAAUAUUGUCACUGACAAGGUCCCAGUUCCACCAGAGUUUCGAGGACAUAUGAUUGGAGUUAAGGGGAAGGUGGUGAAUGAAUUCAUGGAAGCAUAUGGUGUCAAGAUCCACGUCCCCUCUUUUCAAGAUUCCUCUAAUGACAUCAUAGUGACAGGUCCACUUACUAAUGUGGAGCAAGCCAGGAAGGCUGUAGAGGAGAAGAUUCAGCAGUUGAAGUCCCAACGAGAGGACAGAAGAGCUCGUUCAUUUGAAGGGCGUCUGAAGGUACCAGCACGGUUCCAUGGAAAAUUAAUAGGGAAAGGUGGUGAAACAGUGAAUAAGCUGACUCAAGACCAUCAAGUGAAGAUAAAUUUCCCAAAAGAAAACACAGGAGGUCCACCUGAUGAAAUUAUUAUAAUUGGGUAUCGGAAUCGUGUGUUGGAAGCUGAGAGAGCGAUUAGAGAACUUGUGCCAUGGCCAUUGCCACGUUUGCAGGAAGAAAGUCAGCAACAAGACACACAUGCCCCAACAUCAUAUUCCCCAUUCUCAGUGCCUCAGCCAAAUGUGGUGGCAUCCGUAAGAGUUGCACCAAGUGUCCCUGCACCAUCAUCUUCAUUCUUGUCAUCAACUGCUAGAACUUACCCAAGUGCAGCAGCAACACCAGUGACUCAGACAACGUGGACAUCAUCACCUCAAAGUAACCAGCAGCCAUCCUCAAUAGCAGGAAGUACUAUUCCUAAUGAUAAUUACAAGCAGUCAUCCAAGGGUGGAAAACAUAACUCUACUUGUGUCUUACUCUGAUCACAAUGAUUCAGAUUUGGUGUUAAAUGGUUUAAAUCAUUUGCUUCAGUCAAAUUUGAAUUCUGAUGCUUGAUAAUUCAUGUGCAACAGGGAUUUU